AUGGCCGACCUCACCAACAAGCACCCCGACCUCCAAUUCUCCCUCUCCCCCCUCAUGCCUCCGCAAACGCCGCUUAUCAAAUCACCAUCAUCCUCCUGUCUUCUGACACACCUAUCGACCAAAGCCUUGCCGAGUCAGGCGACCAUCGCCAGGGCCAGAUGGGGCAGCGUGCAACGGAUCAUGCUGGAGUACCCAGACAAGGGUCCAAUCGUGGUGCAAAGCUUUAUGGAGCCAGCUGCACAAGAACACACCAUAAAAGCUCAGGCUGAGCAGGACCAGGCCCCGCAGUUGGUCGGUGUUGUUGCGGGAAACCAUGACCAAGUCAAAGAAGUCCGCCGGGCAGCCGUGCGUCUGGAGAGGGUUGGGCGAGACAUUCAGAAAGAAUGGUCCGUGCCAGAACCCGAGACCCCGUGA